ACACUUAGUUUCUCUCUUGGUUUUCCUUCUGCUUGCGGUGCUGCAGUUAGUCUAAAGUUAGCUGCCGACUCACUCGGUUCGGUUGAAUUUGUGCUGGUGUUGUUUGGCAUGCGUUAGACCACCCUCCCCACAGUGCAGUGUAGUGUACACAGCUCUUGCAAAAUCUAGUGCGAUCGUGAUUGCUACAGAUUGAUCAAGCGCACAACACCGUGACCUACGAAAUGCAUCAUUAGUGUAUUAUCGUCGUUGGUAAUAAGAAUAGAAAACAAAAGUGACCUUCCUUAAGUAUUGUUAGUACCUUGCUCGGAAAACAGUUGGGAUUUCGAUCCCAAUCCAAACUGCUUCGGAUUCUGGUGCACGUGCAUAAUCGGUUUGAGUGUUGAAAUAGUGUGAUGUGAUACGUCUUUCUUGUGCCGAUUGUUUUGGAAAUAGGUGGUAAUCUUGUUGUGUUUAUCCAUUAAGACGAACCGAACAAGCAGUGUGACAUAACCGAAACAGGCUACGGGCGGAUUGGAAAAUGGAUCGAUUACUUCCUGAAAGCACUUUAUCAACGCCAAUGGGAAUGAGUUGAAAGUUCUAUUUUUACUACGCACGUCGUAACCUGUAAUAGCUAAUACCUAACCUAUAUUAGAAUCAACUGUUGGAAUUGCAAAAUGUACAACGAAAGCACUGAAUACACUGAGUCGGCGGAUAAUCAAACCGCUGCUCGAACAUGUCCUAGUGAACUGCCAACAGUGAUUGAAUAUAUUAGUGGUCUAAAUACAAUUUUAACUGUGAUUAUAGCCAUAACCAUUGUACUUAGUAUUGCAACGUUUACCGUGUGUGUCCGAGCUGUGAGCGCGGUGCUCAGGAAAACGCCUAAACGGUUCAAAACCAAAACCAUCAUCCUGCUGAUUAUCUAUCCGGUAGUGACAGCACUGGCGAUAGUGUCAAUCCUCAUACCCAAGUCGUACUUUAUUUGCGAUACAGUAUCGCAUAUCUAUUUUAUGAUCUGCGCCUACGUGUUUUACAGCCUGUCGAUAGACUAUGUUGGAGGCGAAGAAAGUUUUAUCAAAUCAAGCGAUUCGGAAACUUUUAACGCUAGAACGCCACCACUCUGUUGCUGUUUACUAUUCCUGAAGCGGUCGUCCGUUACCAAAAACCGCCUACUAUUCACAAGAUUAUUAAUACUGCAACUACCGAUUGUGCAGUCUGUAUUAUUUUUGGGCCUCAACAUUGUUUUUGUGGAAGAUAUUAUACAUUUUAACCAAACAAUACUCUACUUUGUCCCAUUUAUCGUUAUUUCGAUCAUAAUUGGAGUAUGGGGUCUAAAUAUUACGGUUCGGAUGAUUUCCCAGUUUCACACAGAACUAAAUAUUAUGGCAAAAUACGUAGUCCUGCAGUCAGUGCUUAUCCUGUGCAAAGUUCAACCGUUGGUCAUUAUGGUAAUUGUCUCGUACAUUACGCCAACAUGCGAUUUCCCAUUGGUGUUGCAAGUACAAAAGAAUGCCGUGUUUCAGAUGUGCCUAUGCGCCGAAAUGUUAUUGAUUUCCCUGUGGGCGUCCCAUCUCUAUAAAGUGCCCCGAAAAAAUCGAUAACUGCAGACCAAACAGGAAAGCAUAAACAAAACCAGAAUCUUUAAAAUUGAAUAGCAUUCAACCAAAUGUAUUAUUUACAUGCUGUUGUGAUUCGAUGUGAUAGAAAUAUAUAUUCUAAUGGAUCUGUGGUGA